UUCUGAAGAGGUAGUGACACUGCCCUAAUUGACCAUCAUCAAAGACUAAGAUCACCACUUUGAUCCAGUUGAAACUGAAAUUGAGAUUUCUUACGGCAAUUCGUUGGGCGAUUCAAAAUGGCAAGUGAGGGAGCAAAGGAUCCAUGGAAAGGAGAAGAGUGGGGAACUGAGAAUGAGAAGACGAAGAAGCCAACAACAAGUGGUGUGAAAACGGUGACGAGAGCGAGGAAACAAAUACCGAGGGGACUUGAAGACAAGUACGAAGCUUACUUCCUCCCGCGAAAGCCAUGGCCAAGGGCUCUUGCCUACUAUGGAAGUUUCAUCCUUGGUGGGAUCGGUGCUGGUAUGGUUAUUGAAGCUUGGAUCAACAAAAAAGUCAAAGAAGAUGGAGGAGUCAUUUGGGAAUUCGACAAGUGAUGAUAGAUAAGUAUGUAAGGAACAUCUAGAGAGAGUGUCUCCCUUAACACAAAUCCGUAGAUUGGAUUAUUUUGUUUGUUCCAGAAUUCAGAAUUUGUGGAAUAUCAGAAAUCGAUUGAUAUAAUUCUGUUACCAUAAUGCAUUGAAGAUGUUCGACGAAAUGCUUCAUGUUACAAUUCGGUAAAUUAAGGUUACAUAAUGCCUUAUGAUUUUUUGAUUUUACCACCUCAAGUCUGAAUGAUUUCUUCAUCU